AUGGGGGCCAGGCAGUCUGGUGCCCGCUGCAAGGACAAGGGCCCCCCGGGGCGGGGGGUCCUGCGGGGGAGGCAGAAGUUCUCCCCGUGGGAUGAUGCUCUGCUGUCGGGGAGGGACCCGCGGUGUCUGCUGAAGCGGGGCCUGCGGCACGUCAGUUUCAGCCUGGUCACCAAGGGCAUGACGGAUGCUCCCGACUUCCUGUGGAGCCUGUCAGAGGUGCAGAAGCUCAACCUGUCCCACAACCAGCUCCGGGCCCUCCCGCCCGAGGUGGGGAAGCUGACACGGCUGGUGGUCUUGAACUUGUGCGGGAACCGCCUGAAGACCCUGCCCCGAGAGGUCAGCCUCCUCCAGAGCCUCAAGGUCCUGUUCGUGCACAUGAACUGCCUGACGGAGCUGCCGGCAGAGCUCAGCGCCUGCCGGAACCUGGAGGUCCUGAGCCUGUCGCACAACUUCCUGUCCCAGCUCCCCGCCAGCCUCGCCGACCUCUCCCGGCUGCGCAAGCUGAACCUCAGCCACAACCGCUUUGCCCACAUCCCUGUCUGCGUGUUCUCGCUCCGGGGGCUGGACUUCCUGCACGUGGGCUCCAACCGCCUGGAGAACAUCGCCGAAAGCAUCCAGUGCCUGGCCGGCCUGCAGAUCUUCAUUGCCGAGAGUAACAACAUCCACACCUUCCCCCGCUCCCUCUGCCUGCUCACGAGCCUGGAGCUGCUGAACUUGAACAACAACGACAUCCAGACCCUCCCGGAGGAGCUCCACCUGCUGUGCAGACUGGCCAGGAUCGCUUGGAACCCCAUGGACAAAGGGCUUCACAUUUCCCACAACCCUUUAUCCAAACCUCUGCCCGAGCUGCUGGAGGGGGGUCUGGAGAUGCUCUUUAGCUACCUGAAGGACAAAAAACACACCUGA